AUGUUCUCCACACGGACCGUACCGAAGGGAAACCGGUUCCCAGGUGCAGAAAAGGCGGCGUGAGCGUGGAAAGCCGAAGAGAAGUGCGCAGAGGGGAAAGUGGAAAAUGGCCGCCAUGGAUUUCCAGGUGGUGGUACUCGCCGGAGGCAACUCAAAGGAGCUCGCCCCUCUCGUCUCCAAGGAUGUCCCGGACGCUUUGCUGCCCGUCGCUAAUCGGCCGGUUCUCUCCUUCGUCCUCGAGCUAUUAGAAGCAAGCAAUCUGAAGGAUCUCAUUGUGGUGGUGGAGGGAAAGGAUGCUGCUCUUAAGGUGGGAGGAUGGAUAUCAGGCGCCUAUGCUGAUCGCCUUAAUGUCGAGGUAGCAGCAGUUGCUGAGGAUGUUGGAACUGCAGGUGCCCUACGGGCUGUAGCUCAUCGCCUUACUGCAAGUGAUAUUAUGGUUGUGAGUGGUGAUCUUGUUUCUGACGUGCCACCUGGAGCAGUUGCUGCUGCUCAUAGGAGACAGGAUGCUGUAGUAACUGCACUUCUUUGUUCACCUCCUGCUAUUGGAACUUCAGAAACUGGUUCCUCAGGGGGAAAGGACAAGGCCAAGAAAAGAGGAUCCUACAGCGUUAUUGGACUGGACUGUACAAGACAAUUUUUGCUAUUUUUAGCAUCAGGAACUGAGGUUGAGAAGGAUGUCCGAGUUCGAAAGACUAUACUUCGAGCUGCAGGACAGUUGGAGUUACGGUCUGACCUUAUGGAUGCUCAUUUAUAUACAUUUAAGCGAGUUGUUCUGCAAGAGGUUUUGGAUCAAAACCCUACUUUUCACAGCAUAAAGCAGGAUGUGUUGCCAUACCUUGUGAAAACUCAGUUGAAUUCAGAAUUACUAUCCAAUCAGAGAGCCCAGACUGAAGAAACUUCUAAUGAGAAACUCACUGCUCAGAACAGCCGAUCAUGGCUGUAUGAGCACCUAGGUAUCAUUACUCCUGGCAUCAGUGAGGGGCCACAAUCUGGUUCUAAUGACUCUGGAGGUAGUCCAAAAAAAAUACAUAAAUGUUGUGCUUAUAUUGCUGGCAAGAACAAGUAUUGUGCCCGUUUAAAUUCUAUUCAAGCUUUCAGUGAUAUCAAUAGAGAUGUUAUAGGGGAGGUAAACCACCUUUUAGGAUACUCUUUUUCUGACCAUGGCAAUCUAAUCCAUCCUUCGGCUGAGCUUGGAUCAAAAACCACGAUUGGAAAUCAAUGCAUGCUUGGAGAAGGUUCCAAACUGGGCGAUAAGUGCAGUGUCAAGCGAUCCGUCAUUGGUCGCCAUUGCAGGAUUGGUUCUGGUGUAAAGAUUGUCAAUUCGGUUGUUAUGGACCAUGUUACCAUAGAAGAUGGGUGUCUGGUUCAAGGUUCUGUUGUUUGCAGCAAUGUGCAGCUUCAAGAGCGUGCUUCUUUAAAAGAUUGCCAGGUCGGUGCGGGUUAUGUUGUUACAGGAGGCAGUGAGCACCGGUCUGAGUUGAUCGCUCGCAAGUAGAAAUGGUUAUGGGCUUUUCUGGAUUGAGUUUGGUCUCACCUUCAAGUCCUAGCAGAGAUUGGAAGCAUCUUUUUAUCUUAUAAAUGUUGUGGUUGUGAGAGUUAUCUCCCUUUUGCUAAGAUUUUCCGGUUGUUGGGAGGAGGCAGGUGAUUUUUGUAUAGUAGUUUUGCCGCAAUUUUUUCGAGUUUUAGCUGGGAACUUUUUCUUUUUUGAGUUCCUAUGUGCGGAGAAUUCAUACAUGUACAUUAUUUGUUCUGUUAGAGAGAGUCAGAGAGAGAAUAAAAUUACUCACA